CAACAAAUUAAAAAAAAUCCUAAAAAUAAAAAAACCGAAUACUGGCCCAUCAAUUUUCAGCUCAAAUCUGUUGACAUUCAUCCAAAAUUUUUAGACUUCGUUGUAUUUAUUGUUUGUGCACCCAUUAAUCAAACGGAUGGAAAGGAACAGUGAAAACCCUGAUGAAGGGAAUGAAUUUCAUCCCAAUCCCGUGUCUGCAUCAAAUUUGAGCUCGAAUCUGUCGUUGGAUAAUGUUGGGGAGGUCACUCUUACUCUUAAUUCAGAUGGGUUGUCCUGGAAAUUGCUCGACCCCAUGGAGAACGUUGGAUCAAGUUGCUGCGGAAUUGAAUCUGUUCAUGAAGUUGCAGGGGAGAUUAAAUUCUCUGAUAUCUACGCUGUAGAGUUAACCAAUUAUGGUGUGAUUCAUGAAUUUAGGCAUCCAGGUGUUGGGAAAUGUUUUUUGGCCCAUGAAUCUCAUAAUAUAGAGAUGCACCGCUUCAUAGUCCAUGGUGUUCAAAAGUCAAAGUCCCAGCCUUGUCUUUGGGUCCUAGCUUCAUACACUUUUGGUCACAAAGACUUGGAAACAUGUCAGAAGUGGGUAAAACUAAUUGAUGCUUCUCUGAAUAUGGAAGUUGAGAGACCAAAGAACCUUCUGGUUUUUGUUCACCCAAUGAGUGGGAAAGCAAAUGGCCGUAGGACCUGGGAAACUGUUGCUCCUAUAUUUUCACGUUCAAAAAUAAAGACAAAGGUUCUUGUGACAGAGAGGGCUGGACAUGCAUUUGAUGUGAUGGCAUCUACUACAAAUGAGGAGCUCAAUUCAUAUGAUGGCGCUGUAGCUGUUGGUGGUGAUGGGUUCUUCAAUGAAAUCCUUAAUGGCUUGCUUUUACGGCAUAAAGCUCCUUUUCCACCAGCACCUUCAGAUUUCAUUGAAGCUAUUGGAACUGAUGGAAGCUCUCCAGUUCAUGGUCCUGAUGAAACAGGUGCUGAGAAUCAUCAAAAAGAAGAGGACCCUCUUCUCGUGAAUCCAAGACAAAUUGGAAUGGGAUUCUCAAAUUCUAGGACAGAUGAUGCUUCUAGUAGCAACAUAGAUCAAGACUCUGAGUUUCCCCUCCCAAAUCAGCAGUUUAGAUUUGGAAUAAUUCCUGCAGGUUCAACCGAUGCCAUAGUGAUAUGCACCACUGGCGCUCGGGAUCCUGUUACAUCUGCACUGCACAUUGUCCUGGGGAAAAGGAUAUGCCUUGAUGUUGCACAAGUUGUAAGGUGGAAAACUACAUUGACCUCAAAUGUUGAACCAUGCAUACGCUAUGCGGCUUCUUUUGCUGGGUAUGGAUUUUAUGGAGAUGUCAUUACAGAGAGUGAAAAAUACCGGUGGAUGGGUCCCAAGCGUUAUGAUUAUGCAGGAACAAAAGUCUUUUUGGGACACAGGUCAUAUGAGGCAGAAAUAGCGUACCUGGAAGUUGAACCAGAAAAACCAAAAUCAGGAAUUGAUGGGGGUCGCCUUAUCAACAAGGUGCGGGGUCUAUUGGCACCAAAAAACCCUGAAAGAAUUAUUUGCCGUUCAAACUGCAAAAUUUGUACUAGAAAACCAGUUUAUUCAUCUAUGAGGAGUCCCCGUGCAACACCUUACUCACGUAUAGAAAGAACAAGAUGGUUGAGAACCAAAGGCCGUUUUCUUAGUGUUGGUGCUGCAAUAAUGUCUAAUCGAAAUGAACGAGCACCUGAUGGUUUGGUAGCUGAUGCACACCUUGCAGAUGGCUUCCUACAUCUCUUAUUGAUUAAAGACUGUCCCCAUGCAUUUUAUCUAUGGCACCUCAUGCAGCUGGCAAAGAAAGGUGGAAAUCCCUUGAACUUUGAUUUUGUGGAAUAUCACAAGACCUCAGCUUUCACAUUUACUUCUUCGGGCAAGCAGAGUUCCUGGAAUCUGGAUGGUGAGCUCUUUCAAGCACACAAACUCUCAGCACAAGUAUUCCAAGGCCUGAUUUCCUUAUUUGCAGCGGGUCCUGAAGUUUAGUAAGAAAAACACCUGGAAAUCUUUUCCUGUUAUACAAUCAAUACAUUUUGUAUUAAUGAAAACAUUUGUCAAGUAACAAUAUAGGGGCAUCAAGAAGGCUUCUCAGCGAGCUGAUGCCAUGAUAUACAAACAAGUAGAGUUGCCAAUACCAGUGAACUCUAAGACAUGCUGUACCACUUGUAUAUUUAUUUUAUCCAGUAAUAAAUUCAUGACUUUACU